CCUGGAUUUGUGAACGUCGUUGUUUUAUCAGCGGAAUACAACCGAGCCCAAGAAUUCACCAGUGUGUAAAAAAACUGAGAAGCGAUGUUCAGGUGGAAUAUUGAUACGACUACUUUAUGUAUCGACACUGGAAAGCUGGAUAUCAAACGCUUUACGCGCGAUGCUGAUUCGGUUGUUGCGGUGUGUACAUGUAUCUGUAUCUGGUUGUUACGGCUGCUAUCUGGUACUGAAGCCGUCAAGGUGUUAAUGGCAUUUCCGCUGUCGAUAACAACGGCAACAGCACCGGUACCGCUUGCUAUGUUUAUCACCGCAACUGUAUAUUUAUUUGCACAAGAGCAAAACACGCAUUAAUUUCGGCAAUCAGCGCGCAUAAUCACGAUGUAUUUGUAUGAUACAAGCGCAUAUGCUGGUUGCCUUGUUGAUAUACAUUUCCAUAAUGUUGACGGCCAAUACGGCACUCGUGUCACUUUCCACCGGCACACUUGUACUUCCCCUCUUCGCCGAAGUAUUACGCGCAUCCAGCCCGAAUUAGGCACGCCGAAUUAUUGAUACCGCGAUUAGCGCGCACAUGUCAGCACAAUUAAUCGCCACUAAUCACAAGGAUUGGCUGGUCGCUGCCGCGAAACGCAACCCCCUGGAUACAUGUCGAUACCGCGCAGAUUGUGGAGUUUGGACUGUUUCUGUUUUUCCGCGCGCGAUACCGCGUAUCGGCCGUCAACACGCGGCGCUGCUGCUGCGAUUAAUUAGCACAACUGCCACUUGUGCGUCUUCCCAGUCAGACUGCGCUAUCAUUUAUUUACAGCUACUUGUAGUAAUUAUCAGCGUCUGCUCAUUCUGCCAUUUCACUGGCUUAUUGACGAUUUACUGGAUUUUUUCUUCUGGAUGUAUAUAUGUAUAUUUUGGAUGUAUGUGUAAUUUUCUUCUGGAUGUAUAUAUAUUUUGGCCAUUUUUUGUUAGCGUGUUAAUCGAAUUUGAUGGCUAAAUCAGCGAGUUAACUGACGGAUUACUGCAGAAUUUAUACAUAUAAUUAUGCGAUUAACCGGAAGUGGCAGAACAUGUGCUCGUCUGAUCACGGAUUUCUAUUACUGCGUGAAAUCACCGUGAAUUAUUUAUAAAAAAGUGUGCAGCAAUUAAACCGCCACCGGCGUCGUAUAACGCACGCUUUUUUCCAUUACAUUAAGUACCUGAAAAAUCACACCGCCUCAACUAAUCACUGCCCUCCAGCAAAAAUACGAUUUCCGGCGUCAUGCUCAACACUGCGUAGUCAUUUUCUUACUAUACGUUGUGAAAUGAACGUCGUGAUGUUAUCCGUUACAAUCCUGUUGUGCGGCGUCGCGGGGCUCCUGGACGCCGCCGUCCUCGGCGGGAGGGCGACGAAUCUGCGGGAAGUCUUCCGGGACGACUUCGACGGGCCGACGCUCAACGCCAGUCGGUGGAACGUGGCCGACGUCAAGUCGCAGGUCAACGCGGAGCUGCAGUACUACCGCCCGGACAACGUCCGCGUCUCCAACGGGACUCUCCGCCUGAUCAGCCGGAUGGAGGAGUUCGGAGGGUGCCAGUACACUUCGGGGCGGGUAGACACCGCCGGGAAGUACAGCUUCCUCUACGGCGAGAUUGAGUGGCGGGCGCGGAUCCCCGCCGGGAAGGGCAUCUGGCCGGCGCUGUGGAUGGAGCACCCCCUGUGCCCGGCGGCCCUCCCGUGUCCCAACCACUGGCCCCCCGCCGUCAGCGUCAUCGACAUCAAGGGCGACGCAACCGACACCGUCUACACCACCGUCUUCUACGUGUCCAACGGCGGUCCGGUGUUGAACGCCGCCACCUCGACGAAUCUGUCCCAGGACCUCUCCCGGGACUUUCAUAUAUAUAAGUUGAUCUGGACGGCCGAGGCGUUGCUGUGGUUCGUCGACGGGAAGUUGAUCUUCUCGGUGGUGGGCGCCGAGAAGGUCCCCACGGUGGCGCUGCAGGUGGUGAUGAACGUGGCCGUCGGCGGGAACUUCCCGGGGAGUCCCGACAACACCACGCGCUUCCCGACGGAGUUCCUCAUCGACUACGUGGUGGUGCGGGAGGGUGAGAUUGAUGUGUCGCGGUGGGUCAACAUCACUUCCGGUAUGCGGGAGGUGCUUCCGGGGCCGCCGGUGGUGGCCAUCGUCCUCGGGAGCCUCGCGGGAGUGCUGGUUGUUAGCGUCGCCGGGGUCCUAGUCGGCCUGGUGGUGCACCGGAAGCGGCGCCGACGACUGCGGCAUGGGGAUAUGCGCAAAGGCUCGGCCGCCAGCACCGACUCCACGAUGUUGACCACUCGGUCGCCGUAUUUGGCGUAUCUCAUUAAUUCCGGAUACGAGCACGUCGACUCGGCAAUUCAGCAUUAUGUUAACCUGCUGGAGAUCCCCAUGGCUAACGUCGAGAUCGGCGCUGUACUGGGAAAAGGCGAGUACGGCAUCGUCCGCAAGGGCGUGGCCACCGGGCUGCGCGGUCAGCCGCUGCCCACCCAGGUGGCGGUCAAGAUGGUGCGCGACCGCACCGACCCGGAGCAGAACCGGCAGAUCAUCCAGGAAAUGAAAAUCAUGACGCAGGCCGGUCGUCACCUCAACAUAAUCAACCUCCUCGGGGCGGUCUUUAAAGGCGAGACGUUUCUGCUGCUGGAAUACUCGGAACACGGAUCUCUAUUGAAGUAUCUCCGCUGUCACCGCGAGCCGCUGUUUUACAACCACACGGACGCCGCCGGCCAGGUGCUGGUCUACGACGAGGCGGAGGUCGGCCGCCUGCAGCGGGCGGUGGACAAGGAUCCCCCGGCGACCGCCCAGGACGACGACUUCGACGGGAAGGUGCUGGCGACGCGGGAUCUGAUCAGCUUCGCCUUCCAGGUCAGCCGCGGCAUGGCCUACCUCAACAGCCGCUCCAUCAUCCACCGCGACCUGGCCGCCCGCAACGUCCUCGUCUGCCAGGGGGGCGUGGUCAAGAUCGCCGACUUCGGGAUGGCGCGCCAGUUGUCCGAGUACGUCCUGCUCAAUGAACAGGUGGCGCUGCCGGUGCGCUGGAUGGCGCCCGAGUCCAUCCGGCAGCGGACCUUCUCGCAGAAGUCGGACGUGUGGUCCUUCGGGAUACUGAUGUGGGAGCUGUUCAGUCUGGGGGAGACGCCGUAUGCCAGCUCCGCCCUGGACGUUGGAUACGUCACCGAGUUCCUGGCCGAGCUGCUGAAAGGCGUUCAUAUGGAGCGGCCGCCGGCUUGUCCGUCAAUUAUAUAUGACAUCAUGGUGCAGUGUUGGCGCCUCCGGCCGGAGGAGCGGCCGGUGUUCAGCCAGCUGGAGCAGGAGCUGACCGGGCUGGUGGGGCGCGACUCGGCGCAGAACUACCUCGUCCUGGACGAACCGUAUCAGCAGUUCAACGUCGCGCACCAGAAUCUCCUCGACGAGAUCGUCGACGAGUCGCGCUACGUGCCCACGACGACGGACACCGCCGACUCCGACAGCACGUCCAUUUAGUUGCCACCGGAAACUAAAUUCUGCAAUUACCGGCAAUGCCGGCUAUCAUUUUUUAGGGCUUUCAUCAGAGACUGUAUUUCUUUUUGUAUCUAAAUAAAUUAAAAGCAUGUAUUGUAGAGGUAUACGAGUAUGUAUUAUUUUGUCGGCAACAUUGCUUCGUUGAAGUUUCCGGUGAUGUCUUCGACUGCUGUGAGAACGGUUUUCCCUAGUGGUGUCGCCGAAAACAACAGCUUGUGUUGA